AUGAUCCGGUUGCUGCUUCUCACAUAUGGCGUUUGCGCCCAGUUUGAGUCUGGGGUGCCCGCUCCCUACCAUGGCAACUACCAAUAUGCAGCCCAGGAUCAACAGGGAGGAUCGCUCGACUAUGGAAUUUCUCCUUACCAGGGAGGAGGGCUCGAUUAUGGAACUUCUCCCCAGGGAGCUUCUCCUUACCAGGGAGGAGGGCUCAAUUAUGGAACUUCUCCCCAGGGACCAGGGGUCAACCAAGGAACUUUUGUUCAUGAAGCUCCAUACCAGGGAGGAGAGUUCAACGUUGGAUCGCACCUACGUGGAGCUUCGGACGGCACCUUCGAGCAGGGAGCUCCGACUGACCUGCCCCAAACACUUCAGGCUCUAGUUCAAGAACACUGGAAGAAGGUUGCGGCAUCAAUCCUGGGCAGUUCCAUGGUCUUCGGCAUUUUCGUAUACCUGUACAAUAAACACUGCCGCAAACGUGGCACCUUCGUCGCUACAUCGGAGGAUGGGUCCAAAGAGUUCUUGAGAGUCUCGGGCGACGACACGACCCUAUACUACAAGAGCAGUGAAGUGGGCCUCCUCAAUCGGAAAAACAACUUCAUCGAGAAGGUGUGGAUUGCUUCUCUCAAGAAGCAAUCUUGUCCCGGUCAGGAGCCAGAUGAGGUGCAUGUACAGAAGAGCGAUGUUGAGGUCGUUCAGGGUCGACAAGGGCGUCAAGAAAAGAGAAAGAGGUUACUGCCGCCUGAAAAGGUGAAUUUGGAAGACCUGCGGCCGAUAAGCCGGAGCGGUAUGCAAGAGGUUCACUACGAUGAUGACGGCUGCAACCCUUGCGCCAGUAUGUGCUUUCAACGGUGA